UUCUUCCCAGUGAGAAGCAGACGCUGAACUGUAUUCAGUCGCUGUUGUGGCUGGGAGGCAGCAGAGUCAGGCAGUAUCUUUGGUUGACCGUGAUCCAGCCAAAGGUAAAGCAGGAGUCUUUUAAACUGACCGACAAAGCGAAAAGAAGCUACUGACGUGUCUGGCCAAACUCCGACUUUGCACGACACCUUUCAUCCUCCAGAUACUGCAGACAGAAAGUACCAGAAGAGCGAGCUGGGACAGGACGCUGGGAGAAGUGUGACAGGAUGUUCAGCCAGUUGUUUAUCUCUUUCUAAAUGAAUAGAAGAGGCAGGUUGUGAUAAUGCGCUGCCUGGCUGCUCGGGUGAACUACAAGACCCUCAUCGUUAUCUGCGCCCUCUUCACACUCAUCACUGUGUUGCUGUGGAACCGCUGCUCUAGUGACACCUCCAUACGCUUCCUGCCCCGUGCUGCCCCGGUGGCCACGAGUUCUCAGAUCGGCGAUGCUAGCAUCAGCAGCCAGCAGCAUCCCCCGCAACCUCCCGAGCCCCCGCCUGUUGUCGGAGUUGUCGGGGGGAUCAAGUAUGAAGAAAUUGACUGCUUAAUCAAUGAUGAAUCGACUGUCAAAGGCCGGCGAGAGGGGGGAGAAGUCUACCUGCCCUUCUCUUGGGUGGAAAAGUACUUUGAGGUGUACGGCAAAAUAGUGCAGUACGAUGGCUACGAUCGUUUUGAGUUUCAGCACAGCUAUUCAAAGGUUUACGCCCAGCGAGAACCUUACCACCCCAAUGGAGUCUUCAUGUCGUUUGAGGGGUACAACGUGGAGGUCCGUGACCGGGUCAAGUGUAUCAGUGGAGUGGAAGGCGUGCCUCUGUCCACUCAGUGGGGCCCUCAGGGCUACUUUUACGCCAUCCAGAUUUCCCAGUACGGUUUGAGCCAUUACAGCAAAAACCUGACCGAGCGCGCUCCCCACGUUGAUGUCUAUGACACGGCCGAGGAGAGGGACAGCCGAGCCAACGCCGCGACCUGGAGUGUACCGAAAGGUUGCGGGCUCAGCCGCGUCUAUGACAAGACCAGGGCUACCUCCGUGCGGCAGUUCAGCGCUCCAGACUCCUCCGAAGGCGUGUCCCUCCAGAUGGGCAACUCCAAAGACUUCAUCCUCAGCUUGGACCUCAAGUUUAUCUCCAACGGCAGCGUGUCUGUAAUCCUUGAAACCACAGAGAAGGGCCCUCCCUUCACAAUCCACUACGUGACCAGCACACAGCUCAUCGCCUUCAGAGAGCGUGACAUCACCUACGGGAUUGGACCGCGAACCGCUUGGAGCACUCUGACCCGGGAUCUGCUCACCGACCUCAGGAAGGGCGUCGGGCUGUCCAACACAAAGGCUGUUAAGGCCACAAAGAUUAUGCCCAGACGUGUGGUGCGAUUAGUCCUGCAUGGGCGUGGAUUUGUUGACAACAUCACCAUCUCCACCACUGCGCACAUGGCCGCCUUCUUUGCCGCCAGCGACUGGCUGCUGCGCAACCAGGACGAGCGAGGCGGAUGGCCUAUCAUGGUCACCCGUAAACUAGGCGAAGGCUUCAGACCUCUGGAGCCCGGCUGGUACUCGGCCAUGGCUCAGGGCCAGGCCAUGUCCACCCUUGUGAGAGCCUACCUCCUCACCAAGGACCAGGCGUACCUCAACGCUGCCCUGAAGGCAGUAGGACCUUAUAAGGUGCCUUCAGCACAGCAUGGGGUCAAAGCUGUGUUCAUGAACAAGUAUGACUGGUAUGAAGAAUACCCCACCACACCCAGCUCCUUUGUGCUCAACGGCUUCAUCUACUCCCUGCUGGGGCUCUACGACUUGACUGAGACAGCUGGAGAGAAGCUCGGCAGGGAGGCAGGGCAGCUGUUCAGCCGCGGCAUGGAGUCACUGAAGGCCAUGCUGCCGCUCUUUGACACCGGGUCUGGGAGCAUUUAUGACCUGCGUCACUUCAUGUUGGGCACUGCGCCCAACUUGGCUCGCUGGGACUAUCACACCACACACAUUAAUCAGCUACAGCUGCUGGCAUCCAUAGACAACUCUCCCAUCUUCAAGGAUGUGGUCAAGCGCUGGAAAACCUACUUAAAGGGGAUUCGUGCCAAGCACAAUUAGACUAAACUCCAACCCACACACUAUAAAGGCUGAGAUGAGAAGAAGAUCGAUAUAUUCUGUGCGACUGAAGGAAUGAAUGAGCGGCCUAUGCUCGCGUGCACGUCCUCGAUCUGGUUGAAGUCCAAAAUCUGAAGUAUGAGUUUAAUCAGCUGAAGCUCUCAAUACUCUCUCGUGUGCUCUGUUGCAGGUUUUUUAAUUUCUGCAACAUCCACUGUAGCUCUCCUCUCCCUGUUUCUUUUCUUUUCCUUCACCUCUUGAGUUAGUGUUUGUAGUUAUGCACAAACCUCAUUUCAAAGUGAGAGUGUCUGCAUUCAGGAAGAAAGUGUGCAUGUGUUCGUGCGUGUGUGCGUGCGUUUUUAAAAAGAAUAUAUGACAUUGGUGAAAGAUUAAAAACUCUGUGAAUCACAUUUCAGACAUUCUUCGAUGCAUCCAGCACAUUUUUCUUCUGCAAUAGUAUUUUUUUUAACGUCAUUUCAGAUUAAAGUUUAUUAAAACAAACUGUAUAUAACAGAAUAUAUUAUAAAUUAUUUGAAGGAGAACGUUGCCAAAAAACAAAAAAGCGCAUCUUUUCAAUAUAUAAGAAGCAUUCGAAUAUUUCACCACAACAACAUUUUUAAUGCAAACCCUUCAAUACUAAACAGUUUUAAAUUACAACGCAGGACUUUGUUUUUAAGUGUCUCACAUUUAAUGUUUGGUUAGAGAUGUUUAUUAGAGAAUUCAUCCCUUUGUGGAAAUGCUAGAAAAUCAAACGUUUUAUGAUUCUGUCUAAACACAGAUUAAUGUUAGCCAAUAAUUAUAGUAUUAUGUCUUUAGUAGAUUUAUCUUUUCCCCUCUAAAGUAAAUGUGAGGCUUCUGUUAAGCUGCUUGAAAGCUCUCUGAGUAAUAAUCGAGCUAGUUCUCAGUAGCAAUGUGAUUGUUCCUGUGGUAUUCACUGAGAUAAAUCAAUGCAGCCCUGCAAUAAUGCUUAAAAAUGAGGAAGUUAUCAUAAUUAGCUGUAGCUUCUGUAAUGUUGCUACCUGUAUCCGAUGGUCAGGCAGUGAUACCACCGUGUAACCGUUUUUGUUCAAGGUUGCAACUUCACAUAUGAUUAACUUUGAGUUCAGCGUGUUUAUUAACACAUGUGUGUCCCAUGUGAGAAAUCCCAGCUGGCUGAAUUUAAGACCAGGAUAAAUGCUCGCUUCUUUUCAGCUGCACAAUCUAAAGUUUUGUUUCAAAAAGAAAAACUGUGUUUCCUACUUACACGCGUGAUCGCAGGCCUGAACGAGGCUAAACAUUUAAUACUAGAUUAACCAAGAGGCAUCAGUUAAAAGGUGAUACUAAUGUGAAACUUUAAAUGCCAGACUCCAGCUCCCCACGUCAUUGUUAUAAUUUCAGAUCUGUGUUUUUUGCUUGGUGUGAAUAUCAGCACCGUCAGUCGUAGCCACAUUUUAAUUCAUUCUUGUGCCCACCCCCCUCGUUCCCCUCCUCCUUUUUGACCUUUUCAGCUCGUUGUUUACUCGGGAACUCGUCUGAAAAGCCUUUCUUCUGUAACUCAUACUUGGAACAUGAUAAUUGCAGGAUACAAGCGUAGGUGGUGUAGAUGUCUCUGUUGUGUAUUGGAG